AUGAUGGAUAACAACGGUGAGAAACUAGGAAUUGAUAUUCUUGAAGACGUAUUACUAUCAGAGAACGAUUUUGAUAUGUUUUCUGAUGAUCCAGAUCUGCCAACGUUCGAUUUAAACGGUUCAGAUAGUUUCAUGCAAGAAUUAUUGAGAUUAUCCGAAGAAUUAGAACCAACAUGUGAUGUACCCGACAGUUCCUUGCACAAUAUGCCAAUCAAUCAAAAAGAAUGGUUAGUUAUGGAUAAAGGUUCCAAGCGUCAGAGACCACCUCGCCUUUACCAAUUUUUUCUUCUUCUUCUGGAGAAUCCAUAUUAUGCUUCGUAUGCAUCUUAUACGAACAAAUCUGAGGGUAUUUUUCAAAUUCAUGAACCUGAAAAAGUCGCUGAUCUUUGGCAACAAGUAAAAAGUCGACAAGCAAAUCAACAAAUGACUUAUGAUAAACUUGCACGGGCUGUACGAUGGUAUUAUCAAUAUGAUAUAAUGAAAAAAACAAAUACUCGUUAUACGUUUCAAUUUUCAGCAAAAACAUUGAACGAGUUUACCAUCGAUCAAAAUAAUAAUAAAUCCUUGUAUUAUUCUGGUAUUAACCAGUAA